UUUCCACGACGGUUGGCUCCGCACAACCUCCAGGAGAGACACAUUAUACAUCAAAGCGGUGAUCACAAAAAGAGCAGCCUGCGCAAGGCCAAAUUCCGACAAACUCCUUCGGAGGACAAGCGUUGAGCCCACUUCCGCGCGUGAACCGCUGGUGCACGAACAAGGGGAAAAUCCCCUACCCCCUUGCGGGUGCAGCAGGGGGGAGAUACCUGGCCCGGGCUCCCAAACAUUGCUGGUGAGGCGCUCGGCCAAAACGGGGAGGAUGAGGAUGAGGAUGAGGAGGAGGUGAAGGAAUGAGGAGGAAGGGGGAGGACUGAAGGCACCACACGCUCAUAAUCAACCGACGCAAGGAUCCCAAUGUGUGUGGAACUCACUCCCGGGCGCUCCCGCCCGCGAGAGCGCCGGGCGGCGAGAAUAACUUAAGCCGUGGCGGCGCGGCGCUCCCUGGCGGGUCCCUCUUGGAAGGCCUGCAUGCUGCGCGUGCCGCGAGGGGAUGGCCUCGGGACCCCGACGAGGAGAGAAGAGUCGGGAGGGGCCCGAGCCGGCGCGUCGCCCGAGAGGCCCCCCCCACGAUCUGGGCGCGAGCGGGGGAGGAGGAGGAGGAGGAGGAGGAGGAGGAGGAGGAGGGAGGAGGCAUCCGCGGGCCGCCACGGGCGGGCUCCGGGCGAGGCCUCGGCACACCGGCGCAACCCACCCAGCGCGCGAGAGCGCCCAGGAGGCGCCCACGGGCGGGCACCACAACGACACCGCGACGCACCGGCCCAACGCACGGUGCGCCCACGGCACGCCCGCGCCUGGCCUCCAGCCAGGCAUCAGGCAGAGCCCCCACACGUCAGCCAGCUGCUUGGGAGCGCAGGCGAGAGGCGCUGGUGCAGCCACGGUCUCGGGGGUGACGGCGCUGCCGAAAAUGUGCGAGUGACCAGUCACCGGCCCUCAGCGUUUCUUUGUGAGGGCGCCUGGCACUCUCGCAAUGCGUGGGACCUACUGCCUUUGAUAAGAGAUCUGCUUCUUGGUCUCACCAGUUCCUCUUGGCGUUGCGCGCUGCUUUCGACACCUGCACCGUGCUCUCACCCCGUCCCUGCAUGCAUAA